UAGAAUAAUUUCUCUUUGAGCUUACAAAUUCAUACCGGUGCUUGUAUAUAAUUGACGAAGCUUUAUGUCGAAACCAUGUAGCGUGUUUUACAUUAUUCGUUUCUUUAGCGUUGGUGAUAUCUUUUUUUCAACGUGUUGUGGCAAGAAAUAUUGUGCUACUAAUCGUCACUAAACCAUCCGUUAUUCGAAAAUUUAUUUAAGGAAUUUUUAGUAAGAUAUGUUGAAGGAUUUUAACUAAUAUAUAAUCGUAUAGCAGUGUUUAAAUAACUGUUUAUCUGCUGUCCUAUUUUGUUUUCACAUCUAAUAUUAGCCAAAAUUCUUUUAGAUAUCGUUUCUAGCAUGUACAGUGAAAAAUUUAUUUCACAUCGCCGUAGAACUUGUUACAAAGAGAAUCAGAGUGCAGCGUAGUUUUCAACGUACUCCGCAAAUGAAAUUCGCAUCGACCCAAUACCUUCUAGUAUACUCUAUCGAACACGUUAAUUAACUUAUGAUACCUGAGUAUAGAUAAGCCGACUAAUGACGCAACAUGUGCUGCGUUUAUGCAAGGUAUCGUUAGAGAACGACUAAUCACGUCAUUCCCAAAAUCUUCCGAAUGAAAUUUCGCGGGAUAUUCUAACGACAAUGACACGAAACAUCCUCGUACCUGUCACGCCAGCGAAACAACUUCGAUCCCAUUUUUAUCGCAGCAGAAACGCAACAUUUGCUUCGCUUCGAGAGUUUGCUGGCUAACCGCGAAGAAUUGUGGGAACAUUGGCGAAGUAAAAGUAAAGCAGCUACGAGUCGCGUUUCGCAAGUCGGAAAUUCGUACGGUGGUUGGUCUGACGUAACCCGUUACGAAUCGUUGCGCGUUCAAUGGUCCAUAUUGCGCGUUACUUCUCAAACAGAAUAAACAUCGUUUCCGAUGAUUUAGCUAUGCGUCGAAAUAUCUUUCUAAGAGUUUCUUCGUCAUAUAUCAGAGGAAGUGGAGACUGAUAGGAAAGUGAAAGACAUGGUAUCAGCGUGGUUGAACAAGAAGUCACGAUCCUUGGCUAGUGCUUCCGUGUUUCUUGCAGUUAUUAAUAAAAGCUCGUUCUCUGUACACGACGGGGCGACUGCGAGCCGCCCCUUCUUCGGCAACGGGACGAUCUCACGGCCUGUAAUCAGUCGGCGGAUCUCCCAAGAGCUAAUUAGAAACUUACGGAGAAGAGGUUUCUGUCAGCAACGUUCCUCAAGCCAGAGGAAGAAGCCUUUUCCUCUGGUAACGAUAACAGAUCGUUAUGCGCACAUACGCUCGUGCUUUUCGUCUACAAUUUCAUCCGUUCGAGUUAGGUGCAAUUACUCUUAACUGCUUUGAACGAACGUUCUCGCAGUCAGUAAAGGUAGAACAGUCGAACAUAGGAUAUAUUUGAUGAAUUCUCGUAAUUCGAAUACAUAGUAUCUCUGAACGAAUUAUAGACAUCGGAACCGAAAGUAGGUUCUUUAAAAGAGGAACAGCUUUACUGCCAAAACAUGGGAGCCAGGUGCGCGUUUUCGCGCUGCGUAUCGUGACACGAAGUUGCAUGACGCCACGUCGUUAGCCAGGUAUUCGUAAAUGCAGCAAGUCCUUGGUAAAGUCUUGAAUCGAUUGCUUUCCAUCGAAGCGAUAAGAAAAGAAAAAGAAAAUAGCCGGUAGCAAAAUAAAUCGAUUCGAUGCGAUUACUUUGAAGCCUAAAAAGCGGGAGACGCAAGGGAAGACUUUGAUAUGGCGGAACGGCGGCGAAGGCCAACGAAAAAAAGUGCACCGAUGCAACAUACCGUAACGAUCGUGUCUGUUAUUGUCGAUUGCAUCGUGGAGCGCGCACGUGCCAGCACCAAGUGCAACGUAAAUAGCUUCCGCGAUGUGUCUUGCGGCAAACCGCAAGAUGGAAGAAAUUCUAUCGUUGAAAUUGUCAACUAACAGCGCGCAAAUCUUUCGAUACUUUUUCCUAAGUUUCUUCGAUACUUUUGGAGGUGCAGUCUGCAACGCUUCCGCUUUGUUAUUUCCGCUUUGAAACAAAUUGACGCUGUUGUGGACGGAGCUUAAUACUCGAGAAGAAAGCGGAGUAAGAAGGGAACAGCGAAGAGAACGCGAAGCAAUUACUUUGCCCCACCGUUUAAAUCGUUCGACGAGUUUCGUUAUUACCUUUUUUGCGAGCAUUAAAGUCGGUCGCCUCGAUGGGCGCAUAUAGAGAGAGAGUUUCACUUUUCCCACGACUAUCUGUCAUCCAAUGAUUUCAAUCGAUCGGCUUUUUUCUCGGUUAUUGGCAGUUGCACCAGCGGUGAUUAGUACAUACUCAUAUAAGUGCAAGUGAUCGUUUCAACCCUGAAAUCAGUCACGCAACAUUUACUAUAGUAUUCUGUAGUUCGAUCGGGAAUCGAAUGUCCAGCGAUAAAUUUCGGUUCGCUGAGACUAGCACGGUUAUGAGAGAAGAAAAAUGUUGAGUAUAUGGCUGGGCGAUCCAGAGGUAUAUUUCCACGGAAGGAAAAGUCUGUAUGCAGCGACAAAGAUUUUCGGUGUCAGACUAAUGGAGCACGCCGAUCUGCCUAAUCUCCAGCAACUCAUACGUCCGGAGACGUAUGAAAUUUUUGGAGACGUGGACCUCGAACGCAUCUUCGAGACGAGUUGUCUAUCGAUGGUGCAGUGUAACGAAAAGUGUGAAAUCGUUUCAGGCAUAUGCCUUUGCAAUUAUCCGAACGUGCCGUCGGUGACUCCAGAUGAUUGGCUGACUUGGUUGUACAGAUUGUACAAGAUCGAAGAUGUGACAGAAGGAAACGCGAUGUUUGUACAUAUCCUCGUCUGGGACAAACGAUAUACUGGCAACUUCUUCGCAGACCUACUGACAGGACUCUUCGAUAUCACGUCGUAUUUGCAGCACGUGAUUCUCGUGAUUCCUCCUCAGAUUAUUAUACCUGCCGCGGACGUGUUCGAACAGCAGAUGAUCAGGAUCCCGCAAUACUGUGCCGACAAGCCGUCCGUGCAGUCAAUCUACAUAACCGAACGUCAUCUAAAAAAUCCCAGGCUCAAGAUUCGACGUGCUGUAGAAGAGGAUAACGACGACAUAGUAGCGAUCAUCGACGCGGAGUCGAGCCUCGUAAAAGAAUUUUAUGGAGAAUUUUACGUCAGCGAGAUGAUUCGCAAUCCUGACAACUGUCGACGAUUGAUCGUUUCCGAGGAUGACGAUGGUUUUGCUACUGGCGUAAUGUUUCUCAAUAGCAACGUAGAUGUAGAUACGCUCAAUCAGAAUUUCGAACUGCGACCGUACAACGGUCUUAGAAAGAUCCAUGAAAAUGACAAAUUUCUCCGACAAAGCAUGCAGCCUGCCAGCAAAACGUUCUUCUCUAUAUUUUGGAGAAAGUCUCUUGAGGAAUCAACGGAAGAGUUAGUAUUUCUUAUUGUACUUCGUUUUGGGACACAUCGAAUUUGUGACUUAUUCUUUCUGACGACUAAUUCUGGAGAAUUCUUGAGUAGAUUUAUCUGUCAGAUGCAUUUAUGUCAGACAUAUUCACACCGCAUUAGAUCCUCCGAGAAACUUUCACCGGAAGAGAGCAUGGAAAGCUUCGAGGACACGGACUCUAGAGUUUCUGUAGCUUCCGAAUCGACGAAACUGUUACCACCUACGAGAAAACUGAUCGAUCCAUCGAUAAUGACCUCCGCCAGUGAUCUGCAAUCUAUAGCCGAUUACUUCGACAUGUACUAUCGAUCAAAAUUGAUGACCAACGCGUUCACAGACUCAUUAUUUACCAUACCACGAAGAUCUAUCGUUACCUUCGGUGAAUCUUUCGGAGACCCAGUAUUCGACAAGAUCGAUGUCCCUUUGCAGCCUGUUUAUCACGGCGAUGUUAACGCAUUCGUUUUGGAAAUUUUCGCGAUGAAAGAUCAAAUAAAACGUCGCUGGAGUAGGAACUUUAUGGAGGCCGCGUUCGAGCGUUUUCCCGACUUGGAUUAUUGCGCGAUCCUUCUGCCUUUCUCUCAUCCUUAUUUUCCUCUCCUCCAACAUUUCGUGCGUGUACCACUGAAGUGCAACAAGGAUUAUCCGAUGACACUAUACGUAAUGCAUCGUACUGCUCUUCUGGGUCACAUAAAGCUUCGAGAAGCUAAGCUUUCUGAUAGAGACGACAUACAAGAACUUUUGCAGAAUAUUCCAAAAGCGGAGCAAGUUUUAAUAGACUUUGACAUCGCGAUGGACGAAAGACCAUCAGAGAUGCAGUGUUAUGUCUGUCAAUGGAAGGACAGGAUAAUCGGUGUAGCAAUUCUUUGCGUCGAGAAAGAAGUCACGUAUAUUAGACGACGUUAUCACGUAGAAGAUUACAUCGCGGAGAAAAAUAUACCUGGCGAUGCUUAUGGACGUAUUCUACAUUUCAUACUGAUGCCAGUUUUCUCCAUUCAUCUGCCCUUCUUCUUCUGCGAGAUCGCUCGUUUUAGUGGCAUGAUCGUUCUUUAUUAUCGACUUACAGGAACAGCGUUGAGUGCAUUGACUCGCACGCAUCCUCUGACAAUAUGCUUGAACACUAUGGUUCCCGUGAGGCCUCGUCGAAGAAUCGAAUACAAGUAUCGUGGUUUCGAGGAAACUGACGAGCCUACGAAACGAACCGAAAGUUUUUCGCUUUUCAUGACGUCACCAAGGAUCGCAUUGAUACCAAAACCGAUCAUCGAUUCGAGGGUGGUUGUGGUGGGCGCCUCGGAUUGUGCCGUUGCAUUCUUAGAACAUCUUAUUUUUGGACAAAGCUUCAUACGAUUCGCGAAUAUCACUCUGAUAUCACCACACGGCUUACCUUUCGAGGACGAAGACGAAAUGUGCGCGCGUUUGCUACCCUUCAAGGGCCGAUAUUGUCCGAGGUAUCGUCGGCUGAUUGGGGCACGUUAUCGAAUUAGUAUUGUAUAUGGAACAGUGACGUCGAUUCAAAGGUAUGGAAAAACACAGAGAGGAAAUAAAAACAUCGUAGAGAUGCGUUUAUGGGGAAUUGGAAGGUGCAAAUAUGCACAGAAUGCACGUAUUGUAAUAGGCAAACAUAGACACAAAUAUUCUCGUGGCCGAUUGCAUGCACCUAAUAGGAAAGAGAAAUACGUAACUGUGAUGCAUCAAGGAAACAUUACGUACGAUUAUCUCGUCUUAACCUGCGGAAUGCAGUACCAGCGUCCUCAAUUUCAGGAUGAAUUGGACGAACAGAAAAAAGGAGAAUUUUUGCAGCACGAAACACCUUGGAACUGUUUGACGCUCAAUGACGAUACAGAAGCAGCUAUCUGUUUAGAGAAGAUCGAAGAGUUGACGAAUAAAUUGAAACGCGAAAGGAAGAUUAUUUUUUAUGGACACAACAUCGAUUGUUAUUGCGCCCUUCAAGGAUUGCUCGAAUUUGGAGUUAAGGGUUCUUGGAUCACACUGAUUCAACCGCCAUUGCAAAAGUGCACAUCCUACGAAAAUAUCUUCUUCAACGAUUGCGAAGUACAAAAAGCACGCGAAUUAGAUUUGUUUUCCUUUAGUCGUUCGAACGACACUCUUCGACUGCACUGUACAACACUGAGCAACUAUUCUGUUACUGAUAUACAAUAUUUAUACGUUUACAUUCUUAGAAUCUCGAUAAAUAUGUGGCUAUCGAAGGUGUACGCAGAAGUGAUGAAGUCGAUUUCGAAGAAUAAUAUCGAGGUGCUCGUGGGUUGGGAAUUGAUCGAUUGGCACGUAAAAAGCUUGCCACGAGGAAGUAUGAUAGAAGCGAUCGUUAUCCGCCUGAAAGGUAAAACCAGAACGUUGGACUGCGACGCCUUUCUAAAUUUUCGCGAGAAGACCAUCAACAUGAGGAUAUUUUUGGCGAUCUGUAGGUCUGGACUUAUGUUCGACGGCCAGCUGGUCAUAGACACGGAAUUAAGGACAAACGAUCCAUCGAUCUUUGCUGCUGGUAGCAUAACUAAGUAUUGUAGGAGAUUCUACCUCGAAGCCUGGCAACAUAUAUACUUUAAUAGUAUAGAGAUCGGCGAGAAAGUUAGUAAACCAAAACGUCCUUGCACGAUUCAUAAAUAUUGCGGUUUAUUGGCUAUAAACUUCUCUUUUAUGAUCUUACGAGUUUUAAUGAAACUUAAUAUUUCAAAACAGACAAAUAUGCAGCUGGCGAAGAUUCUUCGAUCGGUGAUCGAAAAUGAACAUCGAGGCAGCGAGACAUCGGUCGCACAGUUGAAAAGCAAGGAAGAUCAGCCGAUAGUCGCGUUUCGAUCACCGAAAAUCGUGGCCUGUAUUUUACCCGGUGGUUAUCGCUACCUUCACGUCGGCAAGUCUGGAAAAUCCAUGUUACGCAAACCUGCGAUUCAUUACGACAUUUACGUGAGUUUUCAUUGUGGUUUCGCUACGUUUCGCGAGGAAAUUCGUUUAAGCGAUCGUAUUUAGGGUCAAGUGCUGAUAACAGGCUCGUGUACAUCGGAAAUUGGCUACUUCCGCAUACAACUGAAUCAGUUUGACAUGAUAGAAACAGUAACGUGUUUCAACAAAAAGGAUUUUGAAGUGCGUCAUAUGGUCGCGUUAUACGGAAAACACGAGAGCUUACUGAACGAGCUUAAAGCACGUUUCGAAAAGUCGUUGAUCUCGGACUUUUACGCGUACUUCCGGGAACCAUGGGCCAUGGCGAUCUUCUACGAUAGAUUCGAGUGUCUUCGAGUGGAGAACCGUGCUACACUCUUGUCGAAAACGGCAAUUCCUGGACAAUCAUUAGUUGAUGAUUGCGUGCGUGCACUAGUACGAUCCAACUGGAAUGCGAUACAAGACGACGAUCGUCAGACCAUCCAAUCGAGAUUCGCUGGCUCGGUGUACCAGCAGGAAAUAGAGGAAAAUUUGCUAGAUCUGCUACAGUUCUCCGAAGAAGACUUGCCUGUUUACUGCACUCCUGGAAAAUUCCGUGAAUUAUACGCGGACAUUGAAAACAGUCCACUGUACACUGAUUUGUAACUAAAGAGACUCGUAAAGAUAUUUAAACAGAUAUAGAAAUCUUCUAUAAAUAUAUUAUCUGCAUUGCACAAAACAUUCGAACAUUUUAUUAAUACUAUGUAAUCACACGACUGUCGUGAUCGUAUUGGUAAAGUUUGAAAUAAGAUGGACGACUAUAAGUGGGUUCGAUUCGUUGAUUAAAAUUUCGUUCGACAGAAAAGAAUUCAUUAUAAACAAAGUUUUACCACGUUUAUAAAAAUAUUCUACGGCAACGUUCAGAUACUUUCUUGUAUCACCGUAAAUGGAUGAUCCUGUUACAGCUAAUUUCCAUUUCACGCUUUCUCGAACGAACAGGCACAAGAUAAACGAUGACAAAAUGACUCGCAGUCUUUUUCUUCGACACGUAAAACGCGUUUUCGAAUCACGCGCGACGCCCGCCAAAACCACAAACACGUUACAGAUCGAUGAACAGACGCUUCUGAUUUUAAGAUCGCCUUUUCAAUCGGAAACUGUCCUCGAUUGCUUCGUCCGUGCCUGUUUACUUGGCAUGCUAUCCAAUCUGUGGGUCAAGUUUAACAUUCCAAAGAGCUGCUCCAUAAACAUACAGCUCAAGGCAUUUACUCGCCACCUACGCACCAUGAAACGACAAAUACGCGUUACAGAAAUGUCACGGCACGCCUUUUAAACGCGAAAUUGUCUCUCUGGUUGCUUAUCAGCUUGUGCAGAUCGCGGAUCCUCGACUUAUUCUCUUUGGAGAACAGAAUCGCCUAAUCUAAAAGAGAAAGUACGUUUGAGGCCUGACUUUAGCAGCGUUCGACCUGUAACACUUACACGUGACAAACAAUAGUGAGACAUUCUGUGUAUCUAAGUACACUGUUCGAAAUAAUUAGUGAGUUGCUAGUAUGAACAGAAUUACGCAGGAAUCCAAUACCGUCAUCCUUAAUUAAAAUGUUCUGCCAAGAAUUUCUUCGUUUUUCAAGAUAGAUAGGUACGUUGAAAUAUUUGGAAUCCGUCAAAUAAAAUUGUAUUAUGUAGAGUAUUACGAAAUAAUGAUUCGGCAUUUUAAAACGAACGAGCACGAAACUUCACUAAAUAAGUUACAAACAAAUGAUUUAGAAAAUAAUUACCUCUUUAUUCUCCAAAUUUUUUGCAUUGCUAAUAUAAGAAUGAAAUGUUAUCUUUUGUACAGUAAAUGUUGUAAAAGAAGUUGAUAAAUUAGCAGUAUAUUUACUGCCUUUAUACCGAAGCUACAAAAGCUUUUGUCUAUUUACGAGGAAUUUCUUUCCUUGGCGGGUUUAUGUUCUUCAUGGUUGGAAAGUAGAAACCUGAAACAGUCAUUAGGAAAAUGUACACAUUCAAGCAACGUAUAU